GAUGAGGCAAAUAGGCAGUUUCCAAAAAGAAUUGAAAAACUCAGUUAUGAAGGCAUUCGUAAGUUAUUUGCUAGAACAAAUCUAAAUUUGUGUUUUCAAUACAUUAGACGAAGAAAGCUUCAUGCACAAUUGAUUAAUGCAAUCGAGGCACUUUAUUGCGGAAACUCAAUGGGAACGAAGAAACAGUAAGAGAGGGUUCGGUCGGUGAUGUUUCUGGGUUGCACUGGCGGCUGAUGCUGUGUGGACGCUUGAAACGGCCCAACCAUCCUGUCUGAAAUUACUUCAAAGGAAUCUUUGGUGCUAUGGCAGAAGCAAACUUCUGUGCGCCAAAAAGAAAGAGAAGAGUGUAUGAAUCUUACGAAGCUCCUUAUCCUGUGCCAUUAAAACGAGAAGAAUCAAAUGCAUAUGAACAAGAACAUUAUUAUGCAGAAAUUAUGAAUAACAACGUAAUUGUGAGGAACCCAGACAGUAUGCAAGCCCUUUAUGGAAAGGGUUAUUUUGGAAAAGGGGUGUUGUCGAGAAGCCGACCAGAUUACAAUAUUUCAGACCCCACUUUAGCUGCCAAAUGGAAAGAUGCCAAUCUUCUGCAUAUGCCCAUAAUUUCAUCAACAAAGUUUCAGCACCAUGUAGAGUGGGCGAAAAGUCUCCUGCAAGAACAAGGCCUAGAAGAUGCUUUCAUUGAGAAAAUUUUGGAAGAUUAUACAAAACCAAUAGAAUUACCAUGUGAUAGAACAAGCAGUGAAUCUGGUGAUCAUUCACCAGGAAUAAAUAUCAAUUCCCAAGUCUACGCAGCUGAAGAAGAAUCUGGUGAAGGAGUUGAAAAUAUGCAUAAUGGAGAAAAUCAUUCUGUCAAAAGCACUCAAAAUAUGGCACAUUGUUUGGAAGGUGAUGCACUUUACAAUCCAUUAGCAAGACUGGCAGACUGUGAAACAACUGAGAGGGAAGCUGUAACAGAAGUACACUGUCCCAGACAUAAUGAUCUCAUUAUUCACUGUGGCUGCCAGUAUCCAGAUGAUAUGAAUGAAGUUCUGCAAUACAAUUCAAUUAAAGAUAACAAAAUGUCCGUAGAACAUGAAUAUGUUCUAGUGGUGGAAAACGUACUUCCAUUUAAUGAUAAAGAAUUGAGUAAAAAACCUGAAGUAACAGAGAGAUUAGUCUGCAAAAGAAACCCGUUCAAAGUUUUUGAAUAUCUUCAACUCAGCUUGGAAGAGGCUUUUUUCCUUGUCUAUGCUUUAGGAUGUUUAACCAUUUAUCACAAUGAGGAACCUCUGACUAUUCUCAAAUUAUGGGAAAUAUUUAGUCUGAUUCAACCUGGGUUUAAAACUAAUUACAUGGGUUAUCACUACUUCCGAAGUAAAGGCUGGGUGCCAAAAACUGGACUGAAGUAUGGAACAGAUCUUCUGUUAUAUCGAAAAGGACCUCCAUUUUAUCAUGCAAGUUAUUCAGUGGUAAUUGAAAUGCUUGAUGAUAGUUAUCAGGGCUCACAACGUAGGCCUUUUACAUGGAGAUCUCUUGCCGGUUUAAGCCGAAUCACUGCUAAUGUCUCUAAGGAGCUUCUGUUGUGCUAUUUAAUUAAGCCAUCAAAUAUGACUGAUGAGGCAAUGACAUCACCUGAAUGUAUGAAGAAAAUUAAAGCUCAGGAGCUAAUUGUAAGCCGUUGGAUUUCUUCCCGUGAACGGACUGACCAAGAAGAGUUGUAGCAUAUUAUAAAGUAUUAAUAAAGUCGGUUAAUGCAGGGCCCAAAUAAAUUUAUGUAAAACUAGAUGUACAGUUGAAGUUAAUAAAAUUGAAAAAGUGA